GCGCAGAAGCACAUGCUGAGGGCAUUCGAGAGAGACUUGUGCGUUGACCGUGCAAGAUCUGGAAAUGAGGUGAGAAUGGUGGCGCCCUACUGUCGGCUGUGCGAGCACGUGGCGGACGAGGCCAGGGUCAGAAAGCUCGAGUACACGCAGACCGUCCAGAUCUUUCUGCCGCACGAUCACCCACUGAUCGAGGACGGCCGCAAAACAUUUCAGAAGUACCUAGACACAGUCAAAGCAGAGGGCCCGCAGCACGAGAGGGGGCCCCCAGAGCUGCAGAUUUUCGGAUCGAAUCUAUCCGUCAUCGCGAGCUGGUUGAACGAGGGCACAUCAAGCCCAGCCAUGAAGAGAUUCAAGGGGGUCCCCGAGAGGCUGCUGCAGAUGUUGCCCCACACAGACGGAAUAGGAGCCAGCGAGUGGGUCAAGGAGUGCACGUUCUCGCCGACGUACGAUCAAAAAAAGACGAGGAUCACGGUCACCCUCCUCGGGCAGCUGCUGGUCGGACUGACUCCAGAGUCGGCAGAAACCCUGCUCAAGGAGCAGGCGGACGCCUGGGGAAGCGCCGCGACGGACCCCGCGUUCGACGCCAAGCUCCAGAGGAAUCCGCUCGAGGUCACCCCGAUCCCCAGCGGAACCAAGUGCAUGAAUCUCAACAGCAUCGCGAGCCACAUCCUGAGGGAGUGGGGAGGCGAGAUGGCCAAGAUCUUGCAGGGCAAGAAGUAG